UUCUCCUGGAUCUCAUCUUUACAUACUGAGACUGAACAUCUCUAAAUACUCAGGAUUUGCAAUUCUUCCUAUGGGACUGUAGGACUUCUACUUCUCAUUUUUAACUGGAAGAUUCAACUUAACUCUCAUUUCUGGCAAAUACAAGAUGAGUGUCCAAGAAUACUGGAUUAAGAGCAAUGGUGUUGCAGUCAUGGAUGGUAAUACUGAGAGCAUCCCUGCUCAAAAGACUCUGUCAGACUCCACAAACUUAAAGACCCACUCCACUCUCAUCCUCAACGGAGAGGCCACCACAGCUGAGCUCAGUGCAACAUCAGCUUCAGAGAACCAGGAGACUCAUCCCUCCAGUAACACCGAGGCACCGGCCAAACCUGCCAGAUCCCCUGAGCCGGAGGGAGCUACUGAAGGACUUUCACCAGAAGAGCCCAAGGCAGUUCCCCUGUCGACUGCGAAUGCAACAACAACUCUGGCCCCAGCUGACCAGCUAUGGAGCACCAGCAGAGAGAAGGCAGUCAGGCUGAGAAUGGAGGGCUCAGGCCCGGCUUCAGAGACUCCCAUCACCAUCCAUCAGGCGUUCCUGGACACGUUGGAAACGUAUGCGGAUCAUCCAGCCUUGGCUUCCAAAAAAGAGGACCAGUGGGUGACCGUGACAUGGAGGCAAUACUAUGAGCAGUGCCGGGCAGCUGCUAAAAGUUUCCUCAAGUUGGGGCUGGAGCGUUACCAUGGUGUGGGGAUUCUGGGAUUCAACUCCCCCGAGUGGUUCAUCUCGGACGUGGGCUGCAUCUUUGCCGGGGGUUUAGCAACCGGCAUUUACGCCACCAACUCGCCCGAAGCUUGUCAGUAUGUGGCUGCCAACUGUGAGGCCAACAUCCUGGUGGUGGAGGACCAGAAACAGCUCAACAAAAUCCUGCAGGUUAAAGAUCAACUACCUCAUCUGAAAGCCAUUGUCCAGUAUAAAGGCGAGCUGCAGCAGAAAGCACCAUUCCUGUAUACAUGGGCAGAGUUCAUGAAGCUGGGAGAGGACGUGCCCGAGGAGCAGCUGAAUGCUGUGAUUGACAGUCUUCGGGCCAACGAGUGCUGUACUCUGAUCUAUACCUCUGGAACCACUGGCAAACCUAAAGGAGUCAUGUUGAGCCAUGACAAUCUGAUAUGGACAUCCCGUAGGGCAGCUACCGUGUUAAAUAUUUACUACGGAGAGGAGGUGGUGGUCAGUUACCUGCCGCUCAGCCACGUAGCAGCCCAGAUGUUUGACAUGUGGAUGUGUGUUUGUUUCGCCGUGACCACCUACUUUGCAGAGCCAGAUGCCCUCAAGGGCUCCUUAGUAAACACACUGAAAGAGGCUCGUCCCACUUGUUUCCUGGGGGUUCCUCGCGUGUGGGAGAAGAUGCAGGAGAAGAUGAAAGCUACCGGGGCCAAGGCAUCCCCAAUGAGGAGGAGUGUGGCGGCCUGGGCCAAGUCCAUAGGCCUGCAGUACAACUACAGUGUCAUGAACGGGGAGAAUCUGGUGCCGUGGGGCUUCAUGCUGGCUAAUAACCUGGUCUUCAAGAAGGUGCGUGCUGCGCUGGGCUUAGACCGCUGUAAGUACUGCUUCACAGGCGCUGCCCCCAUCACCAAAGAAACUUUGGAGUUCUUCAUGAGCCUGAACAUCCCGCUGUUGGAGCUAUACGGCAUGAGUGAGAGCUCCGGCCCACACAGCGUCCCCUGUAACAACGAAUACCGCAUCACAAGCUGUGGAAAGGUGAUGCCAGGCUGCAAGACGAAGCUGGAGAACCCAGAUAAGGAUGGAAGUGGAGAGAUAUGUUUCUGGGGUCGGCACGUCUUUAUGGGCUACCUGAACUCGCCUGACAAAACAGUGGAGGCUCUUGACGAGGACGGCUGGCUGCACUCUGGAGAUCUGGGAAGACACGACCAGCACGACUUCCUGUACAUCACAGGAAGGAUCAAGGAGCUGAUCAUCACCGCCGGUGGAGAGAACAUCCCUCCUGUCCCCAUUGAAGACGCAGUGAAGUCCGAGGUGCCCAUCAUCAGCAACGCCAUGUUGCUCGGAGACAAGCUCAAGUUCCUCUCCAUGCUGCUCACCCUCAAAUGUGUCACGGACGACAACGGCGAGCCCACAGACGAGCUGAGCCCCGAGGCUUUGGCCUUCUGCCAGCAGCACAGCGUCACAGCAGCCAAGGUGUCGGAGAUCAUAGCCAAUAAGGAGCCAGCUAUCUACAAAGCCAUUCAAGAGGGCAUGGAGCGCGUCAACACCAGAGCAACAUCCAACGCCCAGAAGAUCCAGAAGUGGGUCAUACUGGAGCGAGACUUCUCUGUCGGUGGAGGAGAACUGGGACCCACCAUGAAACUGAGGAGGCCCAUUGUUGUGAAGAUGUACCAGGAGAAAAUAAACGAAAUAUAUGCAGUGGCCACGGGAAAACAGUAGACUGGGCUGCACAGAGAUCAGAUAAUACUGAAGAGAAACUUUGGGGCAUGUUUAUGAACAUUGUAUUGUGCCCAGACGUCAUGUUGAGAAAUGUAUACACCUCUUUUCACCUGAAUGUUAAAAGUGCAAAAGAGCUUUGUAAUUUAAGCGGGAAAAAUCUUGAUUCUGAUUGUGUUGUAUUUAAUGGAUUAGAGGUUUGUGCUGCUAUGUUUUAAUAUGUCAAGUUUCUGUCGUCUAAGCUGUUAAAUGUACAUACAGUUUCAAAGCAGCUGUGCACGUUUUGUAAAUGAAAACAUCCAAAUCAGAGCCAAAAUCUUGCCACUGAGUGUACGGCAUAUACAGGUGAAUUGUACAGUAUCCUCAGCACUAAAGCUACAUGCAGGGCGGGAAACACUGCCUGGUGUCCUCAUUUAGGGAAGUUAACUUUUACAAAAUACUCCCCAUCUGGCAAAGUUGCAGACAUUACCUCUAAAAACUGCCAGUGAUGUUUGAAUAAGUAUUUUUAUAAUGUGAUAAGAAUAUCAAAAGUCUGAAGUUCACCAAUCACACGCAUGUGUAAAUUGUAAAGCAUACAUUUUCAUUUGUGCUUCUCCAUGUACAGUUUGACAAAUAUUGAAAUGUUUCUUUUGUGAUAGAUGUUCUAUGAUUGUCAAUAAAAAGUGAAGGAUCUGGACAAAUUAACCAAACCAGGUUCAAAAAUGUGUUGGUUUAUUUCUCCCACGAAUAUUUUAGGAUUUUAGGAUAAUGACUUUGGUGAUGCUUUGACUUUUCUUCAAGCGCCUCCAUGACGUUGACAUUUGAGGUUUUGAGUGAAACUAUUGGAUGGAUUGCCAUGAAGUUUGUUCAUUCAUGUUCACAUCAGAAUAAAUUGUAAUUUUAAAAAUUG